AGGCACUUGACAAACAUUUGGAUAAUGUUUUGCUUUCAAUUGUACAAUAACCUAAAUUAAGACUAAAUAAAAUUAAAUAAGAAAAAGAGUUGCCCCAACCCGUAGCACGCACAGUUGAUCAACAUGAGCCGGCAACUAAGGUUCAGCAUCCAGCCACCGCCACCGCCAUCAUCGCUGCCAUCAUCGGACAGCGAUGACAGUCACUCCGAUCUGGUGGAGAUCAAUUUAAACGGUGGCCUUGGCCUUGGCCAGGCCAAGCAGCAAUCAGCGCAGGCGCUUGACGAGCUGCUUCAGGCUCGCACAGGAGCCAAUCUGCCUCUGCAUCGCGGUUAUCCGUACGGAUAUGGGGAUGCGGAUAACGAGACGGAUUACUAUUUCUGCAAGAAAUCGAAUUCAACGGGUCAGCUGGCCGAGAAGGUCUCGCCACCACCGCCAUCCGCCACGAACAUCAGUUGCCUGCGCCAAAUGUAUUGCCCUGAGUGCCACGAGCGAUUGCACGAACAAGGCGUGCGGCUCGAGCGGCUGCUGCAGCUGUGCUGCUUUGCCCUGCUCCCCAUAUAUCCUUGCUGCCUGCGACGCUCCAAAGAUGACUGCAAGGUCAUUUGUGGCAAGUGUGGCUAUUUGCUGGGCGCCUGGAAGCGUCAAUGAGCCAUUCAGCCACUUGCAGUCACUUUUUUUUAUGAUUUAUUUUAAGUAGUAUACUGUAUAUUUAAUUGUA